CAACAGCAAUUGACGCGAAAAAAUAGCUCGCAUAGUUUAGGGAGCGACUGCGAUGAACAAGGAGUUUCUGAAAAUGAUGAAGUGGUCGAAACUCUGGCCAGCCGUUUGGAGCGUACAAAACAGCAACCGUAUUAUCAUCAUCAAAUACAAGAAGUUUCAAAGUGUAAAGGUUCUAGCGGUAGCAAUGAAUGUAGUAAGUAUGAAUCUAGUGACCAUUUUGUUUGCGGAGAAGUUAAAGCUGAGAAAAAAGAAGGCGAAGAUGGAGCAAAAGGCGAAGGAAUUCGAAAUACUAGCGUUGAACAAGGUGGUUCUGAUGGCAUCAUAUGUCCUAAUACAAAAAAUUCUUGGCCUAAUGAACACUAUUAUGAAUCAAAUUUGACUGAAAAAGGCAACAAUGAGAGUCAAGUAUGUAGUAAAAAUGAUUUGAUUGUUCGUCUAAAGAAUAAUCCCAAUGUCUCAGAGACUUCCAACUCUACGAAGUUAAAUGACGUUGUAGAUGGUAUUACACAACAUGCAGAGAGAUCUUCAACUGGAGUUGGUAAAGAAGAAGAAGUAGUUGGAAUUGGAUCCAGUGGAGGAGCGUUAGGAAAUAGGAACAGUCCUUCAGUCAUAAAAGAAACGAAUCAAACAGAGCGAUUACAGAGGAGGGGCCGACGGUCUGCUAUUAUUGAUAAUAAGAGCUCUUGA